CCAAGCGUUAGCCCCAUGAGACAUAGCCUUGCACAGUUGUUGUAAAUACUGUUUUUGUUUUAUCGAAACCCACUUGUCGUGUUGCUGUCGAAGUGUCGAUGCGUCGUGCACCCUACCGCGCGUCACGCCCGCCUCCACACCCGCUCCCACCCACUCCCACCCGCAGCGCCAGGACACCGACCCGCGCGGCUUCAUCGCCAAGCUGGCUGACUUCGGGUUGGCUCGGCAGCUGGGUGCGAGCGGCUCCGCGGAGGAGGGGCUGCUGGUGUCGCGCAUCGGCACUGUGACCCACAUGGCGCCCGAGACCAUCCGGGACAACAUGCCCCACCCUGUGUUUGCCCUUGCCUUCCCCCCACGCGCGCUGCAGGUGCUGCUAAGCAGCGAUGUGUACUCGUUCGGAGUAAUCAUGUGGGAGCUGUACUGCGCGCAACAGCCCUUCGCGAACUACACCGCGUUCCAGCUGCUGUCGGCGGUGGUGCAGUACGACGAGCGGCCGCAGUUCCCCUCGCACUGCCCUGCCGCCUACGCCGCUCUGGCAGUGCGCUGCAUGGCCAAGUCGCCCGGUGAUCGGCCCACCUUCCCCGAGGUCCACAGGGAGCUGCUGGCGCUGCGCGACGGGCUGUUCGGCGGCAGCGGGCAGGGCACCAUCACGGUGCCGCUGGCGCAGGCGCGCAGCGAGGCGACCCGCGUGCUGCAGAGCCACCUGCAGAUCGUGUCAGGUUCCGUGACGGGGGCUGGAAUGAUGUCGGGGCCGCUGCGGGAACACACGCACGACAGCACCGCCACCUCGUCCAUCGAGUCCUGGGACGUCUACAGCCGCUCCGCGCGCCGCCGGGAGUGACACGCCCCUGCCUGGCUGCCUGCCUGCCUGAUAGCCCCGUGUGUUGAAGAAUCAAAGUGAUGGCCACCCCCAAAUGCCCAUGUGUGCGAUGGCGGCGAGUCCAGGGGUGGGUGGUGGCGCCCCAGGAGAGCCGUGCUGCAGCUGGGCGGAAUGGCGGCAACAGCCAGGUGCUGAGCGUGCGUUAGAGCUGUUGCUAGCGGGGGAGGCUCUGGUUGGGAGGAGGAAUGGGGGGUGGGGGUUUUUCAUGGAGGGAAGGAAAUGGUCUGAACGGACGAGCGGGAUGCAAGGGAUGAUGAGAUAUCCUCGAUUAUGGCCGUACUUGGUACCAUCAAUGUCGUAUCGCAGGUUGGGUGGGUGAUAAAGUACCGGGGGGUCCGUUAAUUUUGGUGUGUCCUUAUGCCGUGUCUGGGAGGCUGUGUCUAGUCCCCUCCCGCCCCGGGUGCCUCCCAUGCGCCCAGCUGCAGGUGUGACAUGCGGGUUAUUUGUAUUGGAGGCGGAGUGAGGGCUGCGCGGGGGUCAGAGAGAAAACAAAAACCAAAUGAAACCACAAGUUAGGGCAAGGUAUUGGGGAAAGAAGACGGCGGGGUGCACGGGGGAGGGUCGCAUACAGCGAGCGGCGAGAGAGUUGGGGGUGCAGCUCUUGUGUCGCAUCCAUGGCUGCUGAUAUCGCUUUGCGACAUCAUACUUCUGAGGCGCCGUACUGCAAGUCGGGAUGAGCUGUGAAACCCUGCGUAUGAACUUCAAACCUGUGAGACGCGUGAGUAGUCAUCAGCAGCUAUUCGAGUCGACGAUGUUUCUGGCGCCAUGCCCUGAUGGCGCGGUGGCACUUGUGAAUUUCUCCUCUUAUGUUGUCGCCAAAGGCGAAGAACAUAACGCCCGUUGAGGGUUGAGUCGCUGACUGGCGUGUUAUGUCUUUCCGAUGUGCCUGAUCACUCCAACUACUAGUGCUGCUGUAGGGGGUCCGUUGAAUUGUUGGCGGCUGCAUAUCUAAGGGGCGCAAACGUGGUAGGUUGCAUGAUUGAUUUAUUGUGCUAAAGUUACUGAUGCGGGACUAGCUCAGGUUUAGCGUCUGGACUGUUAUGUUGGCGAGGAAGCAGCGGCUCGCGCGGCAACACUCUCUCACCCGCCAACUGGCAGGUGGCUCCCGUCGGCGUGCGGGUUGCAGUUUUACCCUCAUGUUCACCGCAUAUUAUGAUGCAAUACUUGAGAAGGGCUUCAUAUGCGCCCAAGCGCUGCUUUCAUUGGCCCUCCUCAUCCAGCUUUUCCACGCACUUGAUGAC